CACAGAAAGAGAGAGAAAGGAAGAAGAAGAAGAGAGAGAAAGAGAGAGAGUUCUUGAGAGAGAAAGAGAGAGAGUUCUUGAGAGAGAUAGAGUGAAGCCGAGGAAGCAAGGGACCGUUAAUUUCGGUUAAUUUAUGAAUCAAUUUUGAGCAGCAGCAGCAGCUACAAGAAGCUAAAAUGGUUUCAGAACAAGAGCUUUCUGAAGCUUUACAAUGUCUCUUACGCGAUUCCGCUUCUCCUUCAAACCCUAACCCUUUUUCUUCCCUCAACGCCGUUGUUCUUGAGUUGCAGUCCAAGCUUGGCCUCGAUUUGUCUCAUAAGGUCGAUUUCAUCCAUGCUCAGAUUCAGCUAAUCCUUCGCUCUCAUCCUCAACAGCCUCAAAUUCAUCAGAAUCAUCAUAAUCAACAGCAGCAACCACCGCCUUCUUCGCAGAAAGACCUUCUCCCACCCCAUCAAAGCCCUAAUUUCCCAUCUGCUCCUUCCCCCACUUCCUCUGCUUUUCAUACUUUCACUGCUCAGCCUCCUCCGGCUAAACCGGAAACCGCCGCCGCUCCCUCCACUGCUGUCGGUUCUGACCCGCCGAAGGAGAGCACUCAGACCAAGACUAAGAGAAGAGGAGGCCCGGGCGGGCUAAACAAGCUUUGUGGCGUUUCUCCUGAACUUCAGACAAUUGUUGGGCAACCAGAAUUGCCAAGAACUGAGAUAGUGAAACAGCUAUGGGCAUACAUCAGAAAAAAUAACCUACAGGAUCCGAGUAACAAAAGAAAAAUAAUAUGCAACGAUGAGUUGCGGUUGGUAUUCGAAACAGACUGCACUGACAUGUUCAAAAUGAAUAAGUUGCUAGCCAAGCACAUCAUUUCUCUUGAACCUACAAAACCGUCAAGUUCGAAGAAGGCACGAGUGGAGAAUGAACCUGCAAUUGCUGUAAAAGCUGCAGAACCUAGUGUUUGUCCUUCUGUGAUUAUAUCUGAAGCUCUUGCAAGUUUUUUUGGUGUUGAUGGAAGGGAGAUGCUUCAAUCAGAGGUUCUGAGACGCAUAUGGGAAUACAUAAGAGCCAAUCAUCUUGAGGACCCACUAAACCCAAUGGCGGUGUUGUGUGAUGCAAAACUCCAAGAACUGUUCGGCUGUGAAAGCAUUUCUGCACUGGGAAUCCCAGAAGUUUUAGGCCGCCACCACAUAUUUAGGAGAUCAUGAUUGCUAAUCUUCUAGGAUGAUUGAUGGCAUUAGCGACUUAUAUCGGUGCAGUGUUCGGAAAAGUCUAUAUAUAUAUAUGAAAUGUUGUAAGCAGUGAUUUUAAUAUUGUACUUGUGGAUGUUAUAUUAAGGUAAGUAAGUUAGGUGUGAACUUGGGAAUGUAAGAUGGGGGCUUAUGGCAGAGUUUAUUUUGCAAUUGCCUGCCAUAGUCCUUUGGGUGGUUUCCAUUUGUCUGACUUUGUAUUUAGGUUUAGAAUGAGCUUUGGAGUUUCUAACAUCCUUACACUCUACUGAUUAUGGAUAAACUAUAUGUUUUAUGUAGUAAAAGUUUAGCCUUUACUCUGCUUU